GUGUUUUCCUACGUCGGCUGUCCAAUAAAACGAUAAAACUACCCCGUAACUCUCGAAAGCUUUCUGCUUGCCAUAUCAUAGCCGCCGGACAAGAGAUGCCAUCGUGAAGAAGAUGGCUUCUAGUGACGGAGACUGAAGACUUCUUCGUUCCCGAAAUGACGGAGGCAGACUCUCCCCGUCGGUCGCCCCGACCCAGCGCCGGGCCUCCGCCCCGGGGGACGGGCCUGGUGUACGACGAGCGGAUGGCGGAGCACCUGUGCCUCUGGGACCCCGAAUACCCAGAGUGUCCCGAGAGACUGACCAAGAGCUGGGAGCGGUGCGUCGAGUACGGCCUGGUCGACCGCUGCGUCCGGAUACCGGCGAGGUUUGCGGAAGAAGACGAGGUGCUGACGUUGCACGGGCCUUCACAUCUGGAGAUGCUGAAGAGCACGAGAGGAAAAACCGAUGAUGCGGAGCUGGAGAAACUGUGUACACGAUUUGAUUCCAUCUAUAUUCAUCCUAGCACCUACGACCUGGCACUGAUGGCUGUGGGUUCAACAAAGGACCUUAUCACUGCAGUUGUGAAGGGAGAGGUGCGCAAUGGCAUGGCUCUUGUCAGACCGCCCGGUCAUCAUGCCAUGGGGAGUGAAUACUGUGGCUACUGCUUCUUCAACAACGUCGCCAUUGCGGCCGACCAUGCGGUGAAGCAUCUCAACGUGAACAGGGUGCUGAUUGUUGACUGGGAUGUUCACCAUGGCCAAGCAACACAGUACAUGUUCUACGACAACCCAAAGGUGCUGUACCUGUCCGUCCAUCGUUACGAGCACGGGGAGUUCUGGCCCGAGCUACGGGAAUCCAACUUCAACUACGUCGGGAAGGGAGAGGGGGCAGGUUACAACAUCAACAUUCCACUCAACAAGGUUGGAAUGGGUAACGCAGAUUACAUGGCCAUUUUCAACAACAUUGUGCUUCCUGUCGCAUAUGAGUAUCAACCUGAGCUGGUCAUAAUCUCGUCCGGUUACGAUGCUGCCAUUGGCUGUCCAGAGGGUCACAUGGAGGUGACGCCAUGUGCAUAUGCACACAUGCUCAACUCUCUCAUGGCUCUCGCCGGUGGAAAAGUCUGCGUUGUGCUUGAGGGGGGCUACUGCAUCUCCUCGCUGGCGGAAGGCGUGGCCCUGACCCUGAGGACCCUUCUGGGCGACCCGUGCCCUGAUCUGGGUCCCCUGGGCAAGCCCUGCGACAGCAUCACGGACACGAUCCUGGAUGUCAUCUCAGUACACCGUCCGUACUGGAAGAGCCUCCAGUUUCAGGGAACCUUUUCCCAGGAGUCCACAGGUCUCUCACCCAGGGCAUUCCACUCCACAAGGAGGGAACACCUUCCCAAGAUUGAGUACCGGGGUCAGCUUGGCGUACGGCGGCCCGACGCGUUCCCGACGCGCAGCGCCUACUACAUCCACGACGCCGGCACUAAGUCUCGCCUGGAGCGGGAGAUCGAGGCCCUGAGGAAGGCGACGGAUCUCGGCGUGGCGCCGCACUGGACCUGCCUCGUCUUCGACCAGAAGAUGGCGCUCCACCGGUGCAUCAACGAGCGGGGUCAUCCCGAAAAGCCCGAGCGCAUUCUCAACAUCUGGAAGAUUUUGGGGAAGCGCGGCCUCAUCGACAAGUGCCUGCUCUUGGAGUCAAGGCCGGCCACGAUCGAGGAACUCCUGCUGGUCCACGACAAGGCCUACGUCGAAAAGAUGCGCAACUCCCAGGAGCUGAACAAACCAGACCUCAUCAAGCUGCAAUACACCUUCUCCUCUGUAUAUCUUUGCGCCGACACGUUCCAGUCUGCCCUGCUGGCUGCAGGUUCCCUCCUUCAGGUUGUGGAUGCAGUCUGCUCUCGGAAGUGUCGGAACGGCGUGGCCGUGGUUCGUCCCCCGGGGCAUCACGCGGAGCGCGACAUGGCCAGUGGCUUUUGUAUCUUCAGCAAUGUCGCCAUCGCCGCCGCUUACGCCCUUGAAAGACACGGGCUGCAACGGAUUCUCGUGCUGGACUGGGAUGUGCACCACGGCAAUGGAACGCAGCACGCAUUCUACGGCGACCCGAGGGUGCUGUACAUGUCGAUCCACCGGCACGAUCACGGGAUGUUCUUUCCCUGUUCCUCCGACGCCGACUACUGCGCCGUCGGCGAAGGGGACGGAAGGGGCUUCAACGUCAACGUUGCCUGGAACUCGGACGGCUUGACGGACGGCGACUACUUUGCGGCAUUCUUCCAUGUGAUACUUCCCAUCGCCUACAUGUAUUCGCCCGAGCUCGUGCUGGUGUCAUGUGGAUUCGACAGCUGUGUUGGCGACUGCCUGGGAAAUUGCCGAGUCACCGCCGAGGCCUACGGACAUUUCUCUCACCUGCUCACCUCGCUGGCUCAGGGGAGAGUGAUCCUCGCUUUGGAGGGAGGCUACAAUCUUUCCAAAAUCCCAUCAGCCAUGAGCCACUGCGUGGGUGCCCUGCUUGGGGAGAAACCUCCCCCCCUGCGUCAAAACUUGGCCCCUUCUGCCAGCGCAGUAAAGUCCAUCCUUCACACCGUGGAAGCUCAUAAGCAGUUCUGGAGUUGUCUUCGAUUUGAUGCUGACCUGCCGACGGAAGAACUCCUAAUCUCCAAAGGCAUAAUAAAAGUUGAAGAAGAAGAUGAAGGAGGCACCGUUAAACAGGUGACAGGGUGCCCGUCUAGUCAAAGCAUCCGGUCGUCCCGCUCCGAGGUGGAAACCGGCGCGGCGGCGCUGCCCACGGACGACGGCGAGGCUGGGUUGCCCAUUUCCGCCGCCGGCCUUGUGCUCGAAGAUAUGGACGCCCCGUACUGCGUCCAGCCGGAGCCCUGGUGCCCUCACCUGAACGACCUGCCCCCACUGCCCCCCUCGGGGCUCUGCGACCCCCACGACCCCUGCCUCGUAUGUGGGGUCAGGCAGGAGGUCUGGGCCUGCCUGCACUGCUUUGAGGCGUACUGCAGCCGCUACGUGAACGGCCACAUGGUGCAACACCACGAAGAGAGCGACCACAACAUGGUGCUCAGCUACAGCGACCUCUCGGUCUGGUGCUAUCCUUGCAACGCGUACGUCUCCAAUGCGGUGCUGCAACCCGCAAAAGAGGACGCUUACCUGAAGAAGUUUGGAACGCUCGACUACGUUUGAGGUUGACCUGCAGAACCGUGAUCGACGGAGGAGGCUGUUUUGUGCCAACGCAAGCGACGGAAACCUGUGAAAAUUCCCACCGUUCCAUUAAAACAAUUUACCAUGUUGUUUAUUUCA